UGACUCACUCGACAAAGGCGAUUUAUGACCGUAUUUUGUUCACUGCUCACUGUAAAGACAGGCAUAUAAAUUUGGAUCAAAAUAUAUGAAAAGGAGUCUUAUAGCUACCAAAUUCAGAAUUUACAUUCAAGAUAUUUUUCUAAAGUUUUAUAAGGUUGUUUUUGAGUGUUUUGUUUGCGCUACUUUUGAUCAUAUUCAUGCAGUGUACUGCACACUUGUAUACACUGUGUAAUAGACCAAGAAUGAGAAGUUUAGAUGGGUGAAAUAACAUCGAUGGAUUUAUUCCUUGGAAACCCACUUGUCCUUUGGGUCCAGAGUUUCAACACAACCAAUGAACCGUUGGAUUUUGAAGAUUUCUGUGAUGGAGUCUUCCUUAACGAUGUCAUGCAACAGAUUGAUCCACGUCCCUCUUCCCACGAGAUCAACCGGUCUGCCAAGGACUUCAAUGCUGUGCUGCAGAACUGGGAGAUCCUCAUGUCCAACAUCAAAUCAUUUUAUCAGGAAUAUCUCCAGCAGCUGAUCACCAUGAAGCUCCCAAACCUGGUGACCAUUGUCAGGGAGCCUGAUAAAGAAUCGACUGUAAAGGAGUUGCACAAAGUUCUUCUGUUACUGCUCGGUUGUGCAGUGCAGUGUGAGAGAAAGGAGGAUUACGUGAGUGCCAUCAAACAACUCGACAUUGGCACACAGCAAGAACUUGUCGAAUACAUCAAAGAGAUUACGGACAAUUCCAUCAGUGUCUUUGCCAACGACCUUGACCUCAAUGGCCUGAGUGACAUGGGUCGCUGUAUGUAUGGUCACCUGCGGCGGCUAGCCAAUGAGAGGGAUGAAUAUGCAGAGUUUUUGUACGAGGUGAGUCAAGAGAGGGAAUUCUACAAGAAUCAAGUUGAGAAACGCAACCAUUUUAUCACACCGCCGCCAAAUCUGGAAAGACAGCACCUUGCCAAUGAGCUGACACAAUGUCAUCAUCAGAUCGAGGACAUGGAAAAUGAGCUGGAAGAGAAAUGCAGACAGUUGACAGAUCUGAAGGACAACAUGAGAGGUAUUGAAACAUCGUUAGUCAAGCUGAGAUCUGAGAAUUACCGCAUGACGGAGGAAUUGCGGGGUACACGAAUGAACAGAGAUGAACUGGAGGUGCUGCGUGAACAAGCGAGCAUGUCGGAACGAUUCGAGAAUGAGGUGUUUCACUUGAAACAGAAAAUCGUGGAGCUGGACUUCUACAAAACGCGCGUGGAGGAACUGCGUGAAGACAAUAACGCGCUGAUCGAAGCUCGGGCCAAGCUGGAAGAGAAGUUGGAGAAAAGUCACAAGAGGGAGUCGACAGUCAUUGACGACCUUGUCAAAUGUCAGAUUCAGUUGGAGGAUUUGGCAACAGAUAAAGAGAAAGACCAGAAGAAGAUUGAGGGUCUGAUGGAAGAUACACGACGUCUUGAAUAUGAGAAGAGACAGAUCGUGAAGCAGGCCAAGGCCGACAGAGAACGGGGAAAAAAGGAACUUGAGCAAGCUAACAGAGGAUGCUCAAUAUCAGAAGAGCUCAAGAACCAGACCGUGUCAGAACGCAAUUUAGAGUUGGAGUUAGAAAACGAUAAACUUAAACACGAACUGGAACAAGUAAAGGAAAAGGCCGCACAUGAAAUGAAAUGGAAAGUGAAGGAAGUGUACAGAGAAAAACAAGUUUUGGAACGGACUAUAGAAAAGAUCACAGAGGAGGUAACGCUCGAAAAGACAAACUGUAAAAAACUUGAGAAUAAAGUGCGGGAAAUUUCGCUGCAGAAUGAACGUUUGGAGGAGGAGAUGGAUAUCUUGAAGGAUAGUCACGAGCACCACGUGGAAGGGUUGGAGACUCAGAUUGAAGAUCUGCGGGCCACGGUUGAGGAACUACGGAAACGCAAUGAAAAGAGUUCGCAGGAACGUUUGCGGUUGAUCGAGCAGGAGAAUCUGCAGAUGUUCCGAAGCGUGGCCGAUUUGUCAUCGCAAUUGACGCGUGUGAAAUACAGCAACAGAUUCCUACGGAAGUCUUGUGACAAAUUAAAAGACGAUGUCGACAAGAAUGUGGUGUUCGGGAACGAUAACGAUAAAUUACGACGCGAGAACUAUGAUCUGAAACGCGGGCAGGCGUCUUCGCGACUCGCAGUGGAAAUCUCGGCCGAACUGGAGAAGAAGAAUCUGACUAUUGAAAUUGAGAAUCGCAAAUUGAAAAAGUUGGUGAAUAUAUUGAAAACUACGUUGACGCAGGUUGAUCCAUUAAACCGCAUUACGUAUCAUUACAUAACUAGCUUAUGAUUGGGUAGGAUGUCAAAUUGUGGAAAACUACUGCGCUUUGCUGUUCUUCACUUUGUUUGUAUUUUGCUAAUCACGGAGGACAAUGCUUCUGUUACCUUUGGGGCCUACAAUAGUAGUGUAUUAGGUGCAUGGUUAUCAUGUUCAUGAUGCAAUUCAGAAUUGACCUCAGAUUACUUUUAUUGCAUUUUCUUUCAUAAAAGGUUACUUCUCAACACCAUGCACUAAAAUACUAUGCCCUACUAUUACAGUUUGAACAGUUGUAUCUGCCAAUGACAGAGACUACGGUCAGUAGAGGCAUGUUCUCUGGGAUGGGCUGUAGCAUGAAGUGGUAUUGGUUUGGACUACAUCGUGACAUGGUCAGGAGAACUGGGGGCUGCAUGAUAUGUGUAUGAUGUUUAUCAUAAAAUUAUCAUCUCAACCAACAUCAAAUACCAAUACAUGUAAUGAACGAUGCUCAUUACAUACAAUAUUUUGCCCCUCGUCUCUUUAGAACAUUCUCCUUCAAGCUCAAAGAUAACUGCUUUGUUUGACGAAGACCACUCAUGCAUAAGCCCAAUCCCCUCUUUUUAUUCUAUAGGGUCAAAAGUUAGCAAACUGACAAUCUCAAAGGUAAGAUAAAACAUGCCCAAAUCUACUUUAAAAGUAGCUGGGUUUUCUGCCAGGAGUGCUGUUUAAAAUAUGCUGUUAGUGAGAGUAACUUUGGCACUGUCAGUUGGCAAAUUGGCAGAUUUCUACUUUAAAAGUUAGUCGGGAGUUUCAGCCAGAAUUGCACUUUGUUUAAUUGGUUUUGUCUUCAUGUUGUCUGAGAACAUGGUUGGUGCUUGAUCUCAUAAAAAGAACAUGACAUUUUAGUUUGUGCUCUGUAGCUGUUAUUGUGGAUUCAUUUUAAAAAAUGAUUGAUAGGGUUUCAUUUUUGAUACCACUGGGUUCUGAUGGUGUGGGGAAAAGAAUCUUUUAGUUCCAAAGAGAAAUGUGUGCUACACUAUCCUAUCAAGAAUAGCUUAAAGGGUUUAUUGAUAUGCUCCUGUAUUGAUCUUGUUCUAAGAGCAUAAUUUAUUGUGAAUCUGUUGUCAUAAUUAUUUAUUUGUGUUUCAUCAUCGCCAUGCAUGCAAUAUAGUUUAGGCUUUUAUGCAAUAUUGUGAAAAGUGUUUUACCGUAGUUGUGAUUGCACAUAGUUUAGAUAGAGAUGGCUUACUUUAGUACACUUUUAGGCCUAAGUCUGGAAAGACUCCUGGCCACUUGAUUGGGCGACUUUGCGAUCCCAAAACCUGGCAGGUCAUGAUGCCCGU